AAAAACAAAACAUUGAAAAGUUGCGCACACCUCCUUCCACGCGCCCCCUUCGCCCUCCCUGUUUCUCAAUGAACUGGCGAGGCUGGAGCCCUCCCACUUCGUGUAAGAGCUUAAUUGUCUGGUUUUUGCAAAAGCCGGGGGUACUUAAAGAGCUGCGUCGCCUCAUGUCUGGCAGGAAUUCUAACGUCCGCGUCCCUAGCGCGCCUGGAAGACCACAGCUUGUCCGCACCGCCGCUCGCCGAGAUGCAGGUGUCUGUCGCUCUGUUGUAUUCGAGCGCCGUGCUGCUGCUUCUGCAGGGCUGCUGCACCGCUGCGCGAGCAUGGAAGGUCUUAAAAAACGAUGCAACCGAAGUCAUCCCAGAGUACAGUGAAGACGCGCAGCAACCCGAGCCCGAACAGCAGACCAAUAACACGAUGAACCGGGCUAAGCACGGCGGAAGGACCUUGUCCGCCAACACACACAGUUAUGGAGCGUCCGAGCUGAGCUGCAGAGAGCUGCGCUCCACGCGCUACAUCACCGACGGGCCCUGCCGCAGCGCCAAGCCAGUGAAGGAGCUGGUUUGCUCGGGACAGUGCGUGCCCUCCCACCUCCUGCCCAACUCCAUCCUCCGCGGCAAGUGGUGGCGGCACAGCCACUCCGACUACCGCUGCGUCCCGGCGCACUCCCGCACCCAGCGCGUGCAGCUGCAGUGCCCCAACGGCAGGAGCCGGACUUACAAAAUCCGCGUCGUGACGUCCUGCAAGUGCAAGCGCUACACCCGCCAUCACAACCAGUCCGAGGCCAAGGAGGCCCCCGCCAGGCCGCGGCGCAACAGGAAGCACACUCGUCAGCCCCAGGACCGCAGCAAGACCAGCAACACCCCCGAAAUCGGCAACUCCUACUAAGCUGGCAUCACACAUACCCUCUUGAUCGCCAGCGGACAGAAGUGGAGAUGCACGGACGCCCCCAAAAAAGGGGACGGACCUCGAAGCAGUGUGUUGGACGUCUGUGACGUACAUCGUGUUCGCAAUGCACUAGAAACUUUCCCAGCGUUCUUCAGACUUUUAUUAGCAUGAUCUGUUGUCUUCAUAAUUUAUAUCGGAAGAGUGGACAGUGGGAAUGUUCAGAAGGAGGGGGAGGUGACACCCUGGUAGGAAGCAGGUUUUCUGAUGGAAAGAGCUCGAGAACGCAAAACCUGCGUCUUAUUGGAAGAGACUCUGCAGCCGAUAGAAUUUCCACCCCUGGUAAAAUUGAACUUUAUGCAACAAAAGGUCACGCGUGCUUGCAUGAAGUAGGCUGUAACCCCCAAACCAAAGUCUUUAUUUCUGGUGUCAUUAUUAGAAUAUUGUGAUACACACCCUCAAGGCUUAGCCUUGUGCACUUCUUAAUUUGCAGGCAUUUUGCGUUUAAAAAUCCACAGUUUGCAGGCCGCAGAGUGAGGCCUUCCAAACCACUCGUCCUGUACACACUCCAAGAAGCGCUUCCGUGCUGUAGGGUGGAGUGCCUGUCAGUGUGGAGGAGCAGGGAAAGGGCUUGGGCUUUCACACUUCUGGGCCUGUUUCAGUGUUGCUGUCGGCCUGUCAGCAGUCCCCCUUGCGCCAGCUUAUGUGCUGCUAGAAUCAGGUCUAGAAGGAGGGGGAAUAUACACCAGCAGACAGGAAAAAUGAGGCAUAGGCCUCACAGAAGGCAGCUGUGCAGAAUGGAAUGGAGCUGAACUGUGACUUGUUUUAAUUACUAAAUGAUCCCAUUCCUGCUUUAGGAUAUGAGUCAUCAAAAGCCUCUAGCCAUAAUGAAUUCCUGUUUGUCACCAAAAAAUAGUAUCUGCACAGUGACUUGGUGGGGAAAUAUCCUCCCAUACAGUAUGUAUGCAGUGGAGAGUCUAAAAUAUGGGCACAGUUCACUGAUCUUGGAAUGUGAGGGCAGUUGCUUUCAAGGGUUUUUGCAAGCAGCGAAACGCUGGCCUGCACAGAACAAUUUUCGAGAGAUCUUGCUAAUCUAGACUAAGUGAUGACAGUGGGCCACAGUGUAUUUCUAACUGAACGGUCACAUAAUAAUGUGACCUUGUUGGUGUGCAUUAGAAGUCCUGUCAUACACUGUUUAGUGAUGCUGUAAAAUAAUCACACUCAUUAGCAAACUUAUCAUAUACAUGACGUUUGUUGAACUAGACCUUCUACUUUUAUAAUUUUCUUGGGAGUUUGAAACUAAAUCCUUCAUGGUGUGGGUAAUCCCCUAUGAACCCAAUGAGAUAUGGUUGCAAUGCCAAAUUAUUUCAAUGCAUUUUUUCUGUCCAAUGAUGUCCAUUGGAGCUUUUUUGUCUUACAUAAAGGAGAAAUAAGCGUCUUUUGUGGACAGCACCAUUAUUGUACUUAGCCUAUUAAUAUGGGAAACACAAAUACAAUAACUACAUCUGGCCUUAAGACAUUACAUGAGAGAUAAGGCAAAGAAUCAUUUUUACAAUGUAGUAGGCAUACAACAGAAACCAUGACAUUAAAAAUUGCCUUGAUAAAAAAAAAGUCUAAAUGUAUUAUGUUCAAUGUACCAAUUUAGCUAACAGCUGUACAUUGAGAUGACACUUCCUCUCUUCUCUGUUUUACUGUGGUCUUGACAAUACAACUGCGUCCAGUUUUCUCAGCAUGGACAAGCUUUUGUGCAGAGUGCGAGGACUUUUCUCAGCAAUGAGGAAUAUUAGAAACUUCCUUACAUUGUCUGCGUUGUUGUUUUUAUUGCUUCCUGUUUUCUGUUUUGCAAACAGUGCUGGUUCAGUUUAUUGUUGAAAUAGCAACUGGAAUUUCUUCAUGUUGGAUAAGUUGCCAUUUAAAACUGGUUGUUUGCCAUAACUAUGUAUAGCCAAUUUGUACAUACUGUACUGGUGAGGUCUGUAUGAGCCAUGAAAGUGGCUAAUGUCAGUGUUUCCUUCACCUUUUGUCAAAAUGUUUUGUUACAAAGAAUGAACUCUAUAUUUAUUUUUUUUCUCAUUUAAAUUAUUUAUGCAACUUUUUUUGUAGUUAUAUGAUAACUAUUAUUGUCAUCAAAUUAUUAGUGAAGUUUAAACAAAAAUGAAUAAAGUAGUGCAAAAUAAAUUUGAAAGAGACCUUUCCCUUUUUCCUUUUUUCUCUUUUUUUACUUUCGAUUUGAUAAUGACUGACUUAUCAGUUUGUUGUCAGCAUGACAAUAGACAAGGAAGUAACUGUCCAGGAAUCCCCACUGACUGUCUGCAGAAUCAUUCACAGAACACAAAACGAGCCGCUCUCAACAGCUGAGUCUGGGUAUUGCCAAAAUUAAUCACAUUUAAACAUUCUUUUUGUCGGUGGUGAGGUUCAUUCAUAAUUUCAACCAUUCAACACUGAAUUUCCAGAUAGCAACUGUUAUCCUACCUAGUGUCAUAUUGCUCUUUAAUCAUGGCUUUCAGUUUCCUGUAAGACAUUUGCAUUGUCUGCAUUUCCCAGUUUUUCAUAUUGCCAAAUGCCAUUUUUCUACCAUAUUAACUGUGCACUUCUAAAAGUAUAAAACUUGUGUGUUAAAAUAAACACCCCCCAAACAAAAUCAUUUACAGUCCCCAUCAUGUACUAAAUGAUAAUAUGGGAAGUCAACAUCUCCAUGCAGGUGUGUACAGCACUCAUAACUGUUUAAAACUAAUUUAUGAGAGAGUUUAUACUUGCCACUCAUCAGUGAAACUUGGUUUCUUUCAUGUUAGCAUGUGAAGCAAUACUCAAACACAAAAAAACAAUUCAAAUGAGCAAAACAAAAACAAUGCUACAUGUUAUCUAUUUUCACCAUAUCUAACUUUGGAUAUUUGAUCCAAAUGCUGAUCAGAUGUUGCAGCACAAAGCAUAAAUAUUACCUAAAUAAAUUGAUUUUGACAAAGCAUCUGUCCUUACUUCUCUUAAAGACAGAAGUUAAGGCCACAGACCCACAGUCCUACAGAUUUAAUAGUAAUUAUAUCUCAAUUGCUUGCUGAAAAUUAAAAGGGGGGCAGUCAGUCAAUCAAGUUAUUAGUUCAAUUAAAAACAGAAAUUCCACAUAGGACAAGCCAAUCAGAAAUCAUUCACAACAGUCCAAUGCA